AUGAUCAAUAGUGGCAAUAGGGAAUGUGCUGACACUCUUGCAGCCACACUGGUGAGCGAUCGCCUUGCCAAACCGCCCAAGGAGCUGCCAAUCGAACUGCCAACGUCCCAAUCUGCAUGGGAUACGUUCACCUCGAAGAUCAGUGUGGCCAAAGAUUCUUUUGUGUCUCCGAAUUGGCCGGAGUUAAUCAAGCAAUAUGUCGCGCCGGCAUGGACGGCGCUGCUUCCCGCGACUAUCCAAACACUCCAACGAGAAUUAACAAUGUCGGAAGGGUCUUUGGCCGACGAGAUCUGGUCGGAAGCUCAAGAUGCUGAAUUGAAUCCCGAGAUUACUCGGGAAGCCCGGGUUCGGAUCGGCGAGGGUCUAUGUCGCGAAGAGAGGUAUUUCCAAUGGAGGCGUAGACAAGCUAUGGUCAAAUCGCUAGCAGCUUAUCUUGGCUUAAAGGAGAAAGAUGUCCAUCCCGACGAUAUACCUACAAUUGCCAUGUGUAGUUCAGGUGGUGGCCUACGCGCCCUUGUCGCCGGUACAGGCUCUUUUCUUGCCGCGAAAGAGGCAGGGCUUUGGGAUUGCACCAUGUAUACUGCUGGUGUCAGUGGGAGCUGUUGGCUGCAGACGAUCUACAAUUCGUCAUUAGGGGGUCAAGAUUUUGGGAAGGUAGUGCAACACUUAAAAAAGCGGCUUGGAAUUCACAUUGCAUUCCCACCCGAAGUACUUAGACAACUGACAACAGUCCCAACUAAUAAAUACCUACUGAGGGGCUUGGUUGAAAAACUGAAAGCCAGCCCGGAGUCCGAAUUUGGAUUGGUAGACAUCUAUGGUCUGCUCCUGACUUCUAGGCUUUUAGUUCCGACUCGAAACCCGUUGGAUUUACAUGAUCGCGACCUUAAGCUUUCGAACCAGAGAGUUUUCAUUGACAAUGGCGCGAAUCCUCUCCCAAUAUACACUGCUGUGCGCCAUGAGAUCCCUCCCGAAGAUACAACUGUACCUGGUCUCUCUAUGAACCUCAUAUCGGAUGAGCCAAAGCCAGAGACAAAACAAGAAACAUGGUUCGAAUGGUUCGAGUUUACCCCGUACGAAUUAUUUUGCGAGGGGUUCAGUGCAGGAAUUCCCAUGUGGGCAACUGGGAGGCAAUUUUGGAAAGGCCUAGACGUCCCCACUUCUAAAGACUUCGCCGUACCGGAAUUACGGAUCUCAGUGUUUAUGGGUAUCUGGGGGAGCGCAUUCUGUGCCACUCUUGCUCAUUACUACAAAGAGGUGAGGCCAAUUUUGCGAGGACUUGCCGGAUUUGGUGGCAUCGAUGCCGUGCUGGAAGGGAAGAGUGAUGACCUGAUUCGUGUUCACCCUUUCGAUCCUGCGUCGAUACCGAACUUCGCGCUCGGGUUGAAGGAUCGACUUCCAAAAACGUGCCCAGAGUCAAUUUUUACGGACAAAGAGCUCCGUCUUAUGGAUGCUGGAAUGAGCAACAAUCUACCUAUAUACCCUCUUCUCCGCCCCGGCCGCAAUGUUGAUAUGAUAGUGGUUUUUGAUGCGUCAGCCGACAUUAAGGAAGAAAACUGGCUUUCGGUCGUGGAAGGAUACGCGCGGCAGAGAGGUGUCAAAGGGUGGCCAAUUGGGUCUGGUUGGCCAAAACCAGGAACAACAGCUAUAGAAACCGCGAAAGGCAUUGAGGACGCUUCGAGUAGCUCAGUUAAGGAAUCAGAUGAGAGCCUCUUGGUUGCCAAAGAACAGAGUCGGGAACCAAGCACCAAGAGUAAAGGGACACAUGUGGGGAGCAGAGGAACCACUCUGAGCCAAGAUACUACGGGAUCAUCACCAAACCCAGAAAUGACCGAUCUUGGUUACUGUAAUGUUUGGCUAGGGACGACCCAAGAGCAAACAUCCACAACAGAACCUCCGCCAUCCAAAAGGCUGUUCCAUUUGCCUCUGCAAGACGAUUCUGACUCCGACUUCAGUCUUAUGCAUCCUGAUGCCGGAAUUGCGGUUGUCUACUUCCCACUUUUGAAAAACCCUGCCGCUCCCGCGGUUAAACAGGCCGCACCCUCAACUGCUCCAAUAAGUAGCUCGGAAAACGCAAAUACAUCUCUAGAGCAAUCGGGAUCUGUGGAGCCGAUAGACCCUGCUAGCAACGAUUUCAUGAGUACUUGGAAUUUUGUUUACACACCAGAACAAGUCGAUGGCGUUAUUGGGCUUGCCAAAGCCAACUUCGCGGAAGGUGAAUACCAGGUGAAGCGCGUAGUGCGGGGUAUUUACGAAAGGAAGAAGAGGGCCAGGUUACAGAGGAUACGGGAAGGAGAGUUGGAGGGCGUGCGUCUCACUUGA